CUCUAUUCGUACAACGUCAUUUCGGAGUGCCAUCUGUAUCAUCACCCACGAAUCCACCCUGCCACGUGCACCCCACCUUCUCCCCUGCCACGUUGUUGCGUGCCGUCACAGUAGACCGCCAUCAAUGCCUCUCUUCCUCCACUAUAUAAUACACCCACCUCAACGUCCUUAGUUGUUUCCAUACUAACACCUACACCACCAUUAAGAAAGUAACAAGCUUUUCUCAUUUAACGAUCGGGUUUGCAUUUGGGUAUCAUUACUAUAAUAUAUCAGAGAAAAAGAACAAGAAAAUGGAGGCCCCCAUAUUACCCCUUGGAAGGACUUCGUCAAUCGAAAGGGAGCCCAGAACUCUCAAUAUCCACCAAAUUCAAUCGGCCAGGGAAUUGGCAGCAUAUAUAUUGAACACAAAGACCAUAGAAGAAGCUUCCAGAAUUUUCACGGAGGGGUUGCAACCAGUGGUGAGUGGCGCCUGCUGCUUAGGAUCCGGCACAACAAUGGACAUAGACAUAGAUUUGGGUGAAGAACUGGAACUGAUGAAUUCCAAAGACGCAACAACACAAGUAGCCCCAGAAGCAGCAUUCAGGGACAUAGCAUCAGCACCUUUCUAGAACAAUAAUUCAACAUGUGUUGCAUAUUAAUAUUUUUGUGCAAUAAUUGUAGAAUAUUGUACAUAUCCUGAGUUGAAGUUUUGGGUUCCCAACAAUUUCA